GCCUGACUGCUUUGCACGACAGCCAAUCAGAGCGCGGCACCACGAGGCCGCCAACCAAUAGGGAGCGGGAGGAGAGGGCGGCCGGGCGGAAGCGGCGGCGGCGGCGCUGAGGAGCGCGGCGGGCGGAGCGCGCAGGAAUCUCAUCUGGCAAAAAUGGGUGAACCUCAGCAAGUGAGCGCCCUUCCUCCUCCUCCAAUGCAGUACAUCAAAGAAUACACUGAUGAAAAUAUCCGUAAAGGGCUGGCUCCAAAGCCUCCUCCGCCAGUGAAGGACAGCUACAUGAUGUUUGGGAACCAGUUCCAGUGUGACGACCUGAUCAUCCGGCCCCUGGAGAGCCAGGGCAUCGAACGGCUGCACCCCAUGCAGUUUGACCACAAGAAGGAGUUAAGGAAACUCAACAUGUCCAUCCUGGUCAACUUCCUGGACCUCUUGGACAUCUUGAUAAGGAGUCCGGGGAGUAUAAAGCGAGAGGAGAAACUGGAAGACUUGAAGCUGCUUUUUGUCCACGUGCACCACCUGAUAAACGAGUACCGGCCGCACCAGGCGCGGGAGACGCUGCGGGUGAUGAUGGAGGUGCAGAAGCGGCAGCGCCUGGAGACGGCCGAGCGCUUCCAGAAGCACCUGGAGAGGGUGGUGGAGAUGAUCCAGAACUGCCUGGCUUCCCUGCCCGACGAUCUGCCUCACGCAGAGGGCGGGCUCAGGGUCAGCGUGGAGCCCUUGGACGCUGAUGAUGGCAGCAGCUGCGCUGGGCAGAGCGAGAAGCAGAGGGAGCGCUCUGCUGGCAAGAGGGAUCAGGUUUUGGACAAAGAUGCAGCGAUGUGCAGCAUUAUUGAUGAAAUGACGUGAAGCAAACAGCUGGUUUUGUUAGUGCACCACAGUGAGAGACAAGGGGUUCUGAGGGUACACAUUGUAUUUUGUUUUGCUGUUGUACAAGCAGAUGAAGUUGUGCACCUCUUGGAGAUUGUGAGUGACUGGGCAUGAAAAUGUUUUAAAGUUUUGUGUUUUUUUUGUAAAAAUAAAAAAAUCUGUUUUUGUUAAGUAUAUCAUGUAAGGUGGUAGGCACAGAUUAAAAUUGGAUUUUCCUGUUGUACUUUCA